AGAAAUUGGGUAAGACAAGGGGUCCUGCUGCUGGGAGGGGAUGGCUGUCAGUUCUGGGGAUAAAGGUCACGCGUCCUCCUUUUGAUGGGAUGGUUUGUGUGGUUUAACUGGAUCUGUUUACUAUAAAACACUUAAAUCCAACACAGACUGGUCAGACAACGGGAACAAUGGAUGCAUUCCCAUUUUGAGUCUGUUGGUAUUUUUCUGAAAGCUCUAUGAUCAGAGUGGAUUUCUUACCAGAAACAUGUAUUCUGAUGUAUUUUUCUCCAAGUCUUGAGAUUACCCCUUUUCAAUUGGACAUGUUUUAAGUGUUCAUCUAUCCUCUAUUUGUGAGUGCUUUUAUAGGUUUGAAAACAUUAUCCGACUUGCCUGAUCCCUAAGUGAGCAUCAGUUGCACAUCUCUGCCCGUAAUAGAAACAGAUCGUUUUCUUCCACUGACACAGCCGCCUCAGGGACACGGCUCCGUCCUGUUCACGUUAUUUCUUCAUCCAUUUGUUAAGGACUUUCUGGACUUUGGACAACAGUUUAAGGCACCCGGUCAUCUGAAAUGCUUCCUCUGAUCCUUUUCUUGCUUGUUUUUCACACUGCGCUUUUUGUGGCAGCGCAAACUGUCGGAGACCUCCAGAGCUUCACCUCCCAUGGAGGGGGCACAGCUUUCCACCCACCAGACCCAUGUAUGGUUGUGUUUCCACCAUGUAUGAACGAGGCUGAUCGCUACAGCCUGGAGGCUCUGAGGAACAUCCACCAGAUGAUGGACGAUGACCAAGACGGCGGUAUUGAGGUGGAGGAGAGCAUGGAGUUUAUCAUCGAAGACAUGAAGCAGCAGCAGCAGACCCAAAAGCACAGCAAACUGCACAGAGAAGACCAGCACAUCACAGUGGAGGAGCUCUGGAGGGGCUGGAAGUCAUCUGAAGUACAUAACUGGACUCAAGAUGAGGUCCUACAGUGGUUGAAAGAGUUUGUAGAGCUGCCGCAGUAUGAAAGGAAUUUUAAAGACUUUAAGGCCAAUGGAAACACCCUCCCUAGGAUUGCAGCAAAUGAGCCUUCCUUCCUGAGUGGCCAGUUGAAAAUUCUGGACCAGAGAGACAAACAGAAGCUCAAUAUCAAAGCCCUGGAUGUGGUGCUGUUUGGAGCACCUACACGCCCCCCUCAUAACUACAUGAAAGACUUUCUGCUCAUUGUCUCCGUGGUGAUGGGCGUCGGAGGCUGUUGGUUUGCUCAGGCCCAGAGCAAAGCCAGCAAGGUCCACAUUGCCAAAAUGAUGAAAGAUUUAGAAAGUCUGCAGAGAGCUGAACAGAGCCUCACGGACCUGCAGGAGCAACUGGAGCUAGCCCAGGAGGAGAAACGUAAUGUGGCAGAGGAAAAGCAGAACCUGGAGGAGAAGAUGAGGGAUGAGAUCAUGGGGGCGCAGGAGGAAGCCCAUCGCCUUCAUGAGCUGAGGCAGGGAGCGGUCAGUGAGCUCAGUCGUCUUCGAUAUGCAGAGGAGGAGCUGGAGCAGGUCCGUGGAGCACUGAAGCAGGCAGAGAAGGAGAUGCUGGCCAGCUGGACAGUUUCAGGUGCUCUUCAACAGUGGCUCCAGCUGACACACGAGAUUGAGGUUCAGUACUACAACGUUAAAAAGCAUGGUGCAGAACUACAGCUUAACAUUGCCAAGGAAGAGGCAGAAAAGAUUAAGAAGAAGAGGAGUUCAGUGCUGGGAACUCUUCAUGUGGCACACAGCUCAUCUCUAGACCAGGUUGACCACAAGAUCAUGGAGGCAAAGAAUGCAUUGUCAGAGGUAACAGCUUGUCUGCGAGAGCGCCUUCAUCGCUGGCAGCAGAUUGAACUGCUCUGUGGCUUCCCGCUUCUGAGGAAUCCUGGACUAGUGAACCUCACCGCUCAACUCUACUCUGAGUCUAUGGGUCUGGGGUUGUCCCGAGCGCCCCAGUCAUCCCGCUCGUGUCACAGCUCCAUUCAUGGAUCUGUAGAAGAUCUUCUAGAUGAGCCCACUUCUCCGAUUUUACCACAGAUGUCAGUUCCACCCCUGAAGCGCUCUCCACGAUUGCGAGGUUCCACCAUACGUAGAGUAUGUCAUCCUGGGGUCGUCCCUCAGCCACCGGCUGCCCUGAUUUCCCCUGACCCUGACCUUCUGAUCCCCAUUCGAGCCCCCUAUCCUCGCUAUGAUGAAGGAGAGGAACUGGUCCUUACAGCUCUUAAAAAACAAGAUUCCCAAGAGAAGUUUUUGGACUCGGAUUAUGUUACACCUGUUUCUCUCAGCAAAGUGUUUCAUACUUCUACAGCUGAUCAUUCUUCUAGAAGAUUCUAUCUUGAUGAAUCAGAGCCCUUCUCAGACUGUUUCGUUACAAAGCAUCUGAGUGAAAAAAUAGAAGCAGUUGCAGAAUCUCCACUUCACAAACGUCACAUAGAGGAGCAUGAAACUUCUUCAGAUCUGGAUGUUUGUCGCAGAAAAAUUACAAAAGAGAGAAUAUUAGAUCCUUCUUUGGAAACUUCUUCGCUGAAGAGCUUUGGUGAGGAGUCCUUUGUAAACAUGGUACCACAGAAGAUAUCAAAGAAUGCAAGUGAGUCUCCAAUGGAAGUUUCAUGUGGAAAAGGAUUUUCUGAUGAGCUAGAAAAAGAGUUUUCACUCCCCAAAAUGGAAAAAGAUGCAGGAGUGGAUUUGAGGGAUCUUACUUUAAGGAAUGUCCACAGAGAAAAAUGCAAUUUACCACAGGACAUGAGAACAAUUCUUAGAAAUGAAUUAGAAGCAUCAAUAAAUGGCAGCAGGAAGAUUUCAAGAGAUAUGAUGGGGUCAUCCAUGGACAGUGUUUCCAAAAAGAUGACAAGAGAUGAUGCUGAACUUUUGCGUGAAUCCAGAAGAAUAGUGAGAAAGAAUUCAAUGGGAACAUUUCAAGACACAAGUUCUUUGAAGCAUCCGCUGAAUACUGGUGAAAGUCAUCAUGAAGCAUCUAUGAGAGCAUUAGCAAAAGACCAACCAGUUGACACUGCAAUAAUACCACAACAGAAGAUAUCUAGAGAUGAGCUGGAAUAUUGUACAGACUCUGCUUCCAGUAAGAUGCUACCCAGAGAGAUGCUAGAUGAACAUAUGGAUAUUUCAUCCUCCACAGAUAUGCAAGAUUUUAGUCUGGAGCCGCCAACAAGCCGAGGGUUACCGAGAAAUGAAAAUGAUGGGUCUGUGGGUUCUCUUAGAAGGAGAAUACCAAAGAUUCCCAGAGAUGACAUCCGCAGUUCAUCAGAUCCUUUCCUAGGAAAAAUGUACAGGGACAGAGUUGACGUCCCAAUGGAAGCACCCAAACAAGUAAUACUCAGGGAUGAGUUGGGAGCAAAUCAAGUUGAAUCAAGUUCUUUACCAUCUUGCUUCAUACAGCCAGACCUCAUGUUAACCUCCCAGGUGCCAUGGAAGUCUUCAUCUGAUCUUCAUACCGUUGGCCCUCUUAGCCAGCUUGUGUAUGAUGGAAUCCUAGAGAAGUCAUGCAGCCCUACGGCAUCCAUCCCAACCAACUUAUCGGCCUCCACGCCAAAUUUGCCUCAGAGCAGGCUGCACCCUGAAUUUGAAUCACCUGUGCCACCACUGAAGGAUGUGUUACCACCACUUGCACCACCCCCUGAAAGUGGAGAUGAUAAAAACAAAGACAGGGAUAAAAGCAAAAAAACAUUAAAGCUCAAAAAUCUUUUUAAAAAGAAAAAUGAGCCUCCUCCAGAGAAGCUUCAAAGUGGUCUUCAGAAACUCUGAGCUUAUGGAAUCAGAAACUGGAGCUUGGGAACUCCUUUACCUGUACUUACCUUUUGAUUUGGCUGGUUGUUCAGCUUAGGCCAUAAGAGCUGAGGAGGAACGCUUUAAGCCUGGUUUAUGCUUCUCCGUCAGCUCUGCAAGGGACAGACACGCACGGAUUGACAGAAGCGUUUUGCUCUCAUACUUCUCCGUCUCCUGGAGAGUGUUGCAAAGCAAUUGCCCGGCAGGACAACAGAGGGCGUAGCGCUGUUCUGUGGUAUCCUGUCAUGUACCGGUCCAAGAUCAUGUGUUUAUAUUGUGUUUUUUGUGUAUAUAUGAGACUUUUAACAUGGACAUAUUUGUCUCUCAUUCUCCCACCGCUUCAUGCGCUCCCCACCUCUAAACCCAUGUUUCCUGUCAUUUCCGUCCACAAAUAAAACGCUUGCUGCGCAUCUUUUCACUCCUCCAGUCACGGGAGAAUUAAAUGUUCAUAUUUUUAGAGUUUUUUCGCGAGGUAUUCUUCAAGCUUCUCCGUGUCUGCUGCUAGUUAUCCUCGGCUCUCUUUGCAAUGGCGGUGCUGUAAACAACAGCAGCGUCCUGACCAAUCACAAGCUUGCGUAAUCUGUCUCGUUCGACGGAUGUUUUAAAAAGUGGGCUCGACUCCGUACGUACUUGCGUGCCUGCCGGAGCCCUACGCAAGGACGGAUAAUGUCAUUGCGUGUCUCCGCACUGACGCAGACGGAGAAGCAUAAAUCAGGCUUUAGCUGCUUGCUAGGAUUUGAUGAACUAGUGAAUUAGUUUGACAAGUUUGGCUUGAAGACCACAUCCUCAAUUCCUCAGAGAACAAGGACUGGUGCUGAUGUGCAGUUGUACUCCUAAGAAAUUGUAUGAAUUUAGAAACGCGAUGUAAUGCAGUGGUUAAACAGAGUUAUGAUCUUAGUAAAACAGCACCUUAUUGAAAACAUGCUUCAUUUAAAGGUUGAAUAUGGAACACAGGCACUAUAGCGACAUCUAGUGUUUAGAGGUGGUAGUGAAACAAAAGAACACAUUUUCCAGCCGUCGGGUGUUGGUUCACUGCUGAUACAUGAACCGACCAGCCAGCACCAUGUCCAGAUCGUACCAAUAUCAUCCAGCCAGCCGCUAAAAGGGGCAUUUCGGUGUGUAAACGGGAAUGCCCCCUUAUUCUUAUUCACUCUUGAAAAGUUACUUCACCUCCGAUAUUUCAAAAUAAGAUAUUUUCUCUGCUCAUUUAUCUAUUAUUUGUCUUUUUUAUCCAGUUAUUGAUCAUCUGUGCUCACCCCGCCCUUUUAUUUUGUGUUGUUGGUUUUACGUGAGAGUGCUCCACGCUCUCUGAACCUGAACCUGCUUUUAAGUCCCGCCUCCUGCUUUAUCCACAGUUUAUACAAAUAUUAAACUCAAAAUGGGAGGCAAGGAAUUAACUUGAAUUGGGAGACUGUCAAUAAGGCAGGACACAGACUUUUCUUCUCUUCGACUGUCUCAUGAGAAGCGCACCUGAAGCACCACAGCUAGACAGGAAGAAGCCAGUGGCUUUCAAAAUAAAGUAAAAUUUAAACAUUUCAUGAUAUUUAAAUUCAUUUCAAACUAUGAUUAUGGUUAGUAUACGUGUGCAAAUGUAGGCUAUAAAUCUCAUGCUUUACAUUGUUUUACCAUAGUGUAACGGGUUACGAUUUGUUAGCGUUGGCCUUUUAUGUUGAAGGGGUGUUCUUGGCCGGUUGUGUGGAGAGUUCCAAUUUGGCUGUUUAGAAAGCGAAAAUGAGCUAGUAUGAAUGGAGAUUAUAAACGUUUUUCCUGGAGUUAAACCGUGGGUUGCAGCAAACAGUAACCCAGAAUAAAGACCCAACACAAGUUGGAGUCAUUAAAAUAUCCUUAAAAAAACAAAAAAAUGUAUCUUAUUUGUGUGGCGGUGUGACACGAAGUGUAGACUUUUAUUUAGACAAAUGUCUAGCAGGGAAAAUUACACAUUUUGAUGCCCAUUCUGAUUGGUUGGUGAGAAGCUACAGUAACCCCCACUAGGCAUUUUUGUAGCCCAAGCAGAAACACCCUGCGGCUGGCUGGAUCCUGCUCAGUCGUGCAGGAUAAGGACUAAUUUCCAGUAAUAACUUUAUUUUAACAGUUUUUACUGUGAAGAACGUCUUCAGGGCUCAGAAUCAGCUGCUUGACUUAACGAGUUUGCCGUUAUACACAGUCCCAGCCUCGUCCUGCCAAGCUGACUUUUUACGGCACAGGUGCCCCCCACUAGCAGGGAAACAUAAACCCAGUGUCUUGCCCGUCAAAAUAAAAAGUUGAUUAGUUUUAAAAAAAUAUAUAGCUUUUAUAGAAGAA